AAACCGUGAUACUGUUUUGAAGGUUGAACCUCAUUUGUGGGAUGCUCUGAAAAGCCUCCAUGAAGCCACACCCCACCUUAGAUGAGAUUUAUAUCUAACCCAGAUCUGCUCUGCAUCACAUUUCAAACCUCUCAGAUCCACCAACAAUGAAGCUGCAAGUAACACUGGCGCUCAUCUCUGUGCUUCUCCCAAAAGCGCUGACACUGGAGUGUUAUCGGUGUAUACCAGAUGUGUCUGGAACAUGCACAGACACCCAGACAGUCUGUGCAGAUCGGUGUGGCAGCGCGACCGCGCUUGUGAACACUGCUGGUAUAGAACAAAAGGUAAGUGCAAAGGAUUGUGCAGUAGCAGCGGAGUGUGUCAAUGGGAGCCUGAACCUGGGACUCAUGAAAAUGACUAUCAACACACAAUGCUGCACCACUGAUCGCUGCAACACCCAGGUUCCAGCAGCUUUGCCAUUUGGGUCUCCGAAUGGGAAGAAGUGUUACACCUGUGUUAAUAACGACUGCACAGGAACUGUGAGCUGUUUGGGAGGUGAAGAUCAAUGCGUCAGCGCCACAGCUACAGCUAGUGGUGUUCAGGUGACUAUGAAAGGAUGUGCGAGCAGAAGUCUCUGCACUGCAGACGCAUCGAGCAUGCAGGCAGCUGGAAUCACUGGAAGUGUGAGCUGCUGUGAGGGGAAUCUGUGUAACAGUGCUGAGGGGGUUAAGCUGAGUCUCCUCAUCAUGCUGGUUCCUCUGAUCUCCUCCGUCCUCUUCAUCUGAACACUCUGCUGUUCAAACACCUUUUUUUAUACAUUUCUUUUCUAUCUUUUGACACUAGCAGAAAUGUAUAUUUUACAAGAUGACUGAAUGGAGAGUCUGAAUGCUGUUUAUAAUGAUGUUUUAUGUAACCAAAAUGACUAAUAAACAGUGUAAAAAGUGA